ACAGCAGCGUAUGUAAGGGUUGCAUAGAAGUCACUAUGACUUACUACGCAACCCUUAAAUACCCUGCCGCCACUGUUUUGUAGCCAGUUGUGUUGCUUGGGUAGUAGAGGACUGGAUGAGGUCAAGACAUGGGUUGAGACGUUUGGCACUCACGCACCACAAAACGGAGGUAGUGGUGGUCAACAACCGCAAGUCUGAACAACAGGCAGUGGUCACCACAGGCGGAUGCACGAUGAACUCUAAGCGCUCACUGAAGCGAUUGGGGGUCAUGAUGGACGAUAAGCUGAAAUUCGGCAGAAUAUGCCUGCAAAAAGGCAAGCAUGGCGAUAAUGGCAUUGUCAAAGAUAAUGUCAAAUAGCACGCCAAUAGUCUCGAGUAAGCGUAAGCUGCUCGCGGCAUAAACGAUAUCCAUACGGAACGGUAUGGCGCCGCCGCAUGGGCGAAGGCGCUAGUUGUCGCGAUAGCACUAGUGGUGGCAGAGUGGCAGAGGAGAGUGCUUCUAGCGUCGCGGCUCAGAGGUGCGAGGCGAAUCGCCUGAACAUCGUCUAUGCUGAAGUGGCAGUGAAUGGGAUUCCUGCAGCAAGUGUAGAUGGACACGUAGGCUCAUACCGAGCGUGUCCAAGUGGACGAACAGGCCCCAUGGCGAGGCCUGCUUCACUUGACACAGUUUCUGUCAGGCCAUGGUUGCUUUGGUAUCUGCUCAGAUUCGGGCACGCAGGCUCCCCGCAUGGAGUGCGCAGACUGCGACGAGACCGCGGAGCAUGUGCUCUUUGAAUGCCCACGUUUCAUGGAGUAAAGGUCGAGUAUGCAGGAGAUAUGCGGUAGACAUAUCACGCCUGACAAUAUUGUUGAAAGGAUGUGUACAAGGGAGGACAAGUGGGAUUCCGUUACUUCCACGGUUUCUCGAAUCGUACUUGAACUACAGAGAAAAUAACGAGCCCAACAACAGCUAGCUGCGUUAGCACCCCUUCCCCAUCCAAGAACUGGAGUUCAACGGGUAGUCAAGUACUAGCCAGGAACCGAGCUCCCAGGGAAGAGUGAAAAACUUUAGGCGGUAGCUGGUGGAACGCUUACCAUUAGAGUGUACUAAUGUACGGUCUCCUCCUUCUCGAAGUCAUCCUUAACGGGCGUACCGCGAAGGUAAGGAAGAGAGAGAAUGAGUUUUUAGUGGGUCGAUCCCCACAUAACUCGAGGAACCACCUCUUGGGUAUCUGAUCAGCAGAUUUUCUCAUUCAACAAAAAAAAUGAUCACCGUACACUAUGUCAGCGAGCUGUUCCAAACGUGAUGCAUUACACAACACAACACCAACACCGAAGUGAUUCUGUUGUCGUUGGUUCAAUCGGGCGUAAUUCUGUAUCGCUUGUCGUUUUACGGUUAUUUUUUGUUGGAAUCGGUCACGUAAAUCCCGAAGGAAUCUUUUAAAAUACGAUCGUCAAUAGUCUGUACAUUUCUGCGAUAUAAGUUGUUCGUAUCGGCUACCGUUGUGACGAAAAAAGUGCAAUUAAUUUGUUCCGCAAAUCUUGCUAUGGAGUGCAAAAAGUGUCUUCUUCCAGUGGUAACAAAAGACCAACCGUACAUAUACUGCAAUGCAUUGUGUGCCGCAGUUUAUCAUGCCGCUUGUGUUGGAUUGAACACUGCUGAGCUCGCUGCCGUGUCGCCUCCGAAUAAGAAUAGCUGUUGGAUGUGCGACGAGUGUUUGGUUGAAUUCGUACAGUGGAGGAAAGAACAUAGUGAGAAAUUGAAUGAACCGAUCGCCGAAAUCGUUCCGGAGCCAACGUGCGUACUACAACGGGACGUAGACGAACUGAAAGCUAAAGUUGCAUCUAUUUUGUCGGUGAUUACGUCGCAUGAGAACAAUCACUCGGAUACCUGGAUACGACACUCAACGCCGAAUUCAUCGCGACAGAAGGAAGGAGGAACAAGUGAAAUGGCAAACGCAUUCGAUACUGCGAAUCGGUUAUCAGAUUCUAUUUGCGAGGACGAGAACUUCGAUUUAUUGCUUACUAACAUCGAUGGAAGCGUUUCGGAAGAAGAUGUGCACCUCAUGGUUUCUCGCUGCUUGGGCACCUUUGAUAACGAGCGCAUUAACGUCAGAAAGUUAGUUCCACGAUGGGUUGAUUGUAGUGCACUUGACUAUGUCUCCUUCAAAGUGAUAUUAAAUCGUAAAUGGAAAUCUGCCGCGAUGAUGUCAUCUACAUGGCCUAAAAACAUUAAAUUUCGGGAGUUUAAAAAAGUAAGAUGCCCGUGGAAACCCGAUAUUUUGUAAUUUGUUUUUAUAUUGUAAAUUAUGUGAUUUCAUGAAGGUUAAAAUGUUUUUUUGUUAUAAUUCUUGUUUAAUAUGCUAUGUUAUGUUAUCUGUUGUACUGUUUAGUUACAAAUAAGAAAUGAUACAUGUUAUCUGUAUUUGAAUGAUAAAUUUGUAUUUAGUGGUGUUCAUAGUUGCAUUGUAUUUCAGUUUUUGUGGCGAAAAGUUGUCGAGUUUGUUAAAUGCUUUUGUACCUUAGUUUUAAGUACACAUCAUUGGGGCAUACACAAGCCUGUUGAUGUUAAUGGUAAAUAAAUAAAUAA